AUGGGAGAAUACACAUCCACUGGCCUGAGGGUCAAAGUAGAACCACAAGAGAAAGACAAGGUCAACGUCGGGGUGAAUAACAAACACGAGAACAAGAACAGCAAGAACAGAGACGAGACCAACUACAGAGAUAACAAAGAACAACAGAGAGACGAGAACAAGAACAGCAAGAACAGAGACGAGACCAACUACAGAGAUAACAAGAACAACAGAGGCGAGAACAAGAACAGUAAGAACAGAGACGAGACCAACUACAGAGAUAACAAAGAACAACAGAGGCGAGAACAAGAACAAACAGCAAGAACAGAGACGACCAACCCAGAGAUAACAAAAAACAAACAGAGGCGAGAACAAGAACAGCAAGAACAGAGACGACCAACUACAGAGAUAACAAAGAACAAUAGAGGCGAGAACAAGAACAGUAAGAACAGAGACGAGACCAACUACAGAGAUAACAAAGAACAACAGAGGCGAGAACAAGAAACAAGAACAGAGACGAGACCAACUCCAGAGAUAACAAAGAACAACAGAGGCGAAGAAAAAGAAGCAAGAACAGAGACGAGACCAAACAGAGAAAAAGAAGAGAGAGAGACCAAAGAACAACAGAGGCGAGAACAAGAACAGCGACCAACCAGAGAUAACAAAGAACAAAUAGAGGCGAGAACAAGAACAAGACGAGAACAAGAACAGCAAGAACAGAGACGAGACCAACGCAUUGGAGAUAACAAAAGAACAACAGAGACGAGAACAAGAACAGUAAGAACAGAGACGAGACCGCCAACUACAGAGAUAACAAAGAACAACAGAGACGAGAACAAGAACAGUAAGAACAGAGACGAGACCAACUACAGAGAUAAAGAACAACAGAGGCGAGUAGAACAAGAACAGUAA